UACAUUAGAUUAAAGAUUUUAGAAGGUGUAGGUAUUUUAUUAUUUUAUUUUAUUUUAUUUUCAAUCAUGUCGUGUUUAUUAUUUUUUUGUGCAAGUUCUUUAUGUUUAAUGGUGUUUAGUUAUUAUUGGUAAUUCAUAUUUAAGACAUUUUUUUCGUAAUUAACUAGUAUUUUGCCAUUCGGCUUACUCGCGUUAAAAUGUCUCGAAGUGUUAAUUUGUAUUAAAACAAAAUAUAUAGAUGACAAACAAAAGUAUUUCCAAUUGAGUGGUAUCAGUUAAUUCAUUAAAAUGGCUUUUGAAGAUCAAAUGCCAACCCCUAACACUUUUAUCAAACACUGUGAAGAUGUUGGUUUAUUUCAAGAGUUGCAAAAAGUUAACCCGUUUGAUGAAACAUUCAAAAAAGCAGUUGAGUGUGAUGAAAUAGUUGGUUAUAGGGUUAAAACUUCAAGUUCAAAUAGUAGUGAACUGAACACACCCUUCAUUGUGCCUAUCACAUCUGCAUUGAAAGGAAGGAUAAGUUUCAAAAAUCUUAGCCUGGGGAAUCAUACUGAUGAGUCUCUAUUACUAGAGAAAAAACCUGUUGACAUUGUUCCGAAUUUUAAUGUUAUACAUCCUAUUGAUCCUUCGAGGUUUGUGGAAAAUAUUUCAGUAGCUCAUGGAAAUACUCCUCCACCAUUGGUACCAAUCAUCACAUUGCCAAAAAUUUUACCUAUGGUAGUUCCAGAAACUCAACUAGCCUCCAAUAUAGCCAGCAUACCAUCAAAUAAUGUAGUUGCUGUGAAACAGGCGUUAAAACAAAAUCUCAUAAAAAAACAUGGGAAUACAAUUACAAGUUUAAAAGAAUCCAGCAAAACCUUUAUAGAAUCUGGCUCUUCAACUGUUAUGGACGCUCAAAAACAAAUGUUGCUAGAAAGAAAUAGAUCAGCAGCAAAAAGAUGUAGACAAAAACGUAAAGAGAAAAUUGAGCAACUCAUUUUGGAUAAUCAAAAACUUACACGUCAAAAUAUCUUGCUACAAAAUAUAUUGCUUGAUAUCAUCACGAAACACGAAAAUAUUUCAGUCAAAAUACCUCCAGGCCUGUUAACUAAAAAAAUUAGAUAAGUUAUUUUUAUUUUGUUUAAAAAUGUUGUUUUUGUUGACAAAUUAUUACAAUUCAAAGUGUAUUUGAACACACAAAGCUCAUUUUUUUAUACCAAAGCUUUUACAUAGCCAUUUCUUUUUUUUAAUGUUACCUACAAUUGUUUUAAGAUAUAAAUGUAUUUUUAUCUAAAUCAGUUUUACUUUUUUUUUAAAUUGUACAAAACAGAAUGGUUAUUUUAUUUUUAUAAUUUGUAGUCAACAUUUUAUUGACAUCCUAGUUUUAAACUUAUCAAUAGUCUAUGACACAAAAUAUUGCCCAACUCUGUAUUUGGUUUUCGUAACAACCAUUCCAAAAGGUAAAAUAUUUAUUUUGCUUUAGAUGAAAAGCUAUACUGCACUGUUGCCUUUCUCGAUUCUGCUAAGUCUUCGAUAGCGUCUGGCACAGGGUAAGAACUGUAAUCUUUAAAACUGCAAUAAUAGCCAGUAAUUCUGACCCUAUAUUAGCCUUUAUAUUAACUACUAACAUAGAAACAUAUAAAACUAUCUACCAACCUGUUACUCAAAAAUUACUGUUAAGACACAUCUGAUUAUACAGAAUAUAGUUGUUGGGAACUGUCAAAGUCUCCAACGUACUAUUUGUAAAGCCCCAUAUUAUAUUUUAAUCGUUCUAUGAACAAAGACCUAUACAUUUCUUCUGUGACUGAAAUUACUGAAUCAUCAAUAAAUAUUCCUGGCAACCCUCAAAAAAUAAGGUGGUGUUGUCGUGACCUGUUAGUUUAAUAUAAAAAAAGUGAAAAUAAUAUUAAUUUAUUCUGUUGAAGAUCCUCCACUGGGGCCUCUUUGCUU